AUGCAGGAGAGGCAAGGGUCCAGAGCAAUGAAGAACCUCAACAAUUUGGUCAAGGAUGUCCUGAUCCGUUGGAGUCUUCAGCAGGUGACAUCUGCUGGCGUCGCCACAGUGGAGGUUCUAGAUGUUUGCAGCGGACGUGGGGGCGACCAAAUGAAGUUCCUGCAGGCCCCCAUUUCCACCGUCAGGCUUUGCUACAAUGCUGUGGAUAUUGCAGAGGCGCAGAUCCUUGAGGCGCAGAAGCGCCUCCGACAGCGCCUGCCGCUAGAGUGGCUAGAGAGCUGCCGCUUCUUUAUUGGAGAUGUAACCUUGUUGGCACCAACCCUGCCUGAUGAACCCUUGCCGUGGCAGCACAUCGUUUCGAUUCAGUUUGCGCUGCAUUAUGCCUUCAAAUCGAAAGCAUCAGCAAGAAGUUUUCUGCACAAUGCUACAGGCCGCCUAUGUGGCGGAGGGCUGUUGAUCAUCACAACUGUAGACUCGUCCAAGAUCGGAGAGUUUGCAAGGCAAGCAGCGGAGAAGCAGGAAUUCGUAUUCAAGAAUGAGCUGGCAAAGAUCAGCUUCGAUGAGGUUAGCCUACCCAGGUGCGACUUGGAUUCCAAGGUUUGGCUUGGGCUAUCGAUUCGACCUCACAGGUGA